GAACUGUCCCCAUCAUGGCAGGGUUCUGUGACCUUUGAAAACAUGGCCAUUUACUUCUCCCAGGAGGAGUGGGAGCUCCUUGAUGAGGCUCAGAGUCUCCUGUACUGUGAUGUGAUGCUGGAGAACUAUGCACUUAGAGAGUCCCUAGGUUCUUGGUGUGGAGCAGAUGAGGAGUCACCUUGUGAUCAGAGCUUUUCUGUUGAAGGAGUGUCACAAAUCAGGACUGCAAAGGCUUCCUUCAUCCAGAAGACUCCACUCUGUGAGAUGUGUGUCCCAGUCCUGAGAAACAUUUUGCACCUUGCUGACCUCCCAACAACAUACCCUGGGCAGAAACCAUACUUGGAUGGAGCACCCAGAAGCUGCUGGUUCAGUUCAAACCUUUACCAGUUCCAGAAGCAUUAUAUUGGAGAAAAUCUCUUCAAAAUGGAUGUAAACCAGGCCUUGUUUGUAAUGAGCUGCAGAGUCCAUGUGUCAGGGAAGCCCUUCACCUAUGGGGAGGUUGGGAAGGAAUUCCCAGCCACAUUAGGCCUUCUCCAGCACCAGGCCACCCCCAACAGUAAGAAGCCGUGUAGCAGCAUUCAACACUGGAGAGUUCACACUGGAGGAAAGCUUUGUAAACGCAUUGAUUAUGGGAAAUCUUUUAGCCAGAAAUCUGUCCUCAUUCAGCACCAAAGAGUUCACACUGGAGAAAGGCCUUACGAGUGCAGUGAAUGUGGGAAAUCUUUUAGCCAAAGCUCUGGCUUCUUUGGACACAGGAAAGUUUACUCUAGAGUAAAGCUUCAUGACUGCAGUGAAUGUGGGAAAUUAUUUAGUCGCAAAAGCCACCUCAUUCAACACCAAAGGACAGUUCACACUGGAGAAAGGCCUUACGAGUGCAGUGAAUGUGGAAAAUCCUUUAGGCAAAGGUCCAACCUCUUCCAACACAGGAGAGCUCAUGUGCAGUGCAUGUGGGAAAUUCUUUAG